GGCCUACAAAAAAUGGCAAGGGAAAAUGCAAUAGAAUUAGUUUGACUAAAGGGUUUUCAAAGGGAUACACAUACACACGUUCCAAUGCUCAGGCCAACAUUUGAAAGACAUAGUAGCAAUGCUCUAAGGCGGUCACCAACAUUUUAACCUACCCACUGUAUUUGUGUCAGUGGCUAAUAAUAUUAUCUGGCAUCAUGUAGAGAGCACUUGCAUGAAAGAAAAUGCAACAGCCAAUGCUGAAAAUGGAAACAAAAGAAAAAUAUGUAGGAAGGUGAAGUUAAUGCCAGCGGUGUGGUUAACCAAAUGCCACAAUGAACAAUCCCUUCUUCUGCACCCUUUUAAUGACUCUAUAAAUAUUCUCUGCACACUUGGCUCUUCUCCACACAUUGUCCCUCUCUCUCAUCUUGCCUUUCUUUCUCCUUCUCAAACACAUCAUCAACUUUUCAAUGGUGUUUCCAGUGGUGCUCCUAAGGCUUGCAGAAUGGAUCUUGUACCAGUUGCUUGCCAACUCAUGUUAUAGAGCAGCAAGGAAAAUGAAAAGUUAUGGCUUUCAUUUGGGGUAUUUGUCAUCUAAACCACCCCUUCGUCCUUCCCCUUUCCCUAGUGUCACCAAAUGUGAUUUGGAGGGUAGAGGCUCUCAAACACUUGCUUGUGACAUCCAUAGAGUCCUCUUGAGGUCUCACUCCUUCUUUCCUUACUUCAUGCUUGUUGCCUUUGAAGGUGGCAGCAUUUUGAGGGCACUCCUCUUGCUUUUGUCUUGUCCUGUGCUGUGGAUUUUGGACCAUGAGCUGAAGCUUAGGGUCAUGACCUUCAUCACCUUUUGUGGCCUAAGAACAAGUGUCAUGGAAAGCAUGUCAAGGGCUGUUUUGCCCAAGUUUUACUUGGAGAAUCUCAACCUGCAUGCUUAUGAGGUUCUAGCUUCAGCAGGGUCCAAAGUUGUGUUCACAAGUGUGCCUAGAGUUAUGGUGGAAGGGUUUCUUAAGGAGUAUUUGAGUGUUGGGGCUGUUGUUGGCACAGAGUUGCACACUGUUGGUUCCUACUUCAGUGGUUUGCUUUCUGGCUCUGGCUUACUUGUGAAGCACAGAGCACUAAAGGAUUAUUUUGGAAAUUCAAAGCCUGAUGUUGGGGUUGGAAGCUCUUGUGUUCAUGAUCAUCUUUUCCUCUCCCUUUGCAAGGAAUCAUAUGUGGUGAACAAUGAAGAGGGGAAGAGCAACACAAGCUCAGUGAUGCCAAGGGACAAAUAUCCAAAGCCCUUAAUAUUUCAUGAUGGAAGACUAGCAUCCCUGCCUACACCCUCAGCAACUCUCUAUAUGUUCAUGUGGUUUCCAUUUGCAAUUCUUUUGGCCAUUUAUAGAAUCCUUCUUGGUGUAUUACUUCCUUAUGGAUUGGCAAUGACCUUAGGUGUUUGGAGUGGCAUAAAUCUUCAUGUGAAAGGCAGUGUCCCUGAAAAGUCAGAUCCAAACAAAGGGGUCCUCUAUGUGUGCUCCCACAGGACCCUCCUUGAUCCUGUUUUUCUAAGCACGUGUUUGGCAAAGCCUUUGACUGCAGUCACAUACAGCUUAAGCAAGGUGUCUGAGUUGAUAGCCCCUAUUAGGACUGUGAGGUUGACAAGGGACAGAAAGCAAGAUGGUGAAACCAUGCAAAGGCUUCUGAGUGAAGGUGAUUUGGUGGUGUGUCCUGAAGGGACAACAUGUAGAGAGCCAUAUUUAUUGAGGUUCAGCUCACUUUUUGCAGAAUUGGCUGAUGAGAUAGUGCCUGUGGCAAUUAAUACUCAUGUGAGCAUGUUCUAUGGGACCACAGCAAGCGGUUUGAAAUGCUUGGACCCUAUUUUCUUUUUCAUGAAUCCAAGGCCUAGCUAUUAUAUUGAGGUUCUUGGAAAGGUGCCAAAGGAACUCACAUGUGGUGGUGGAGGAAGGUCAAGCUGUGAGGUGGCUAACUAUAUACAGAAACAGUUGGCUGAUGCUUUGGGAUUUGAGUGCACCAAACUCACAAGGAGGGAUAAGUACAUGAUGCUAGCAGGGAAUGAGGGGAUUGUUCAUGAAGACAAGUGGACAAAAUGAUAUUGAUGUUGAUCAUCAUAUGUGGAAAUGGGGUUCCCACUGAUCUUUUCAAAUUUGAUGUACACUUGUUUUUUGGUUGCCUUAUUUGUGUUUGUUUUUUUUAGGUCUUGUUGGAUAUGAUAUGACCAUUAAUUUGUGAUUGUGAUAUUAACUGAAUGAUAGUGUCAACUGUUAAGCAUAUUAACGUAGUACACUUUGUUUCUCAGAAGU